GUACUGUGUAGAAAAGAGUAUCAAGCCCUCAUGUAUCCACCAGCAGUACUUGUACUUCGAAGCUGGCUCGCCUCGAGCGUCUACUUAAAGGUUUAUUUACAUCGCUGAACGUGUAAAUUACGGUAGAUCAUCCGCCAUACCUUCCUCCUCCUUCACUAGCUCUCUUCAGUUCUUUCCCAACACAUCUUACUAGAGGUGGUAUACUCUAAAGAUACGGCGAGCUGAGGCUCAUGUUGACUAUUGUACGGUUUCUUUGGGCCAGUUUCGCUAUCUGGACUGCAUACGCGUUGCAUCCAUCUGAAGCAGGAGUAGUAGACUGGCACAAAGCUCUCCUCGGAGUCCCCCUUACUAGGCCUGAUUUCCAUCGAACGACGGGUGCACAUGGGGCUACGAGGAGUGUUGUACUGACUGCAACUAGCAACAAUGUCAUAGGAGCGGUACAUCCAGAGAAUGGAACUGUAGCGUGGCGGUAUCUUUUCGAGGAUAGGGACCCCGUGGUAGGGUACAAGGCCUACAACGAUCGACUCGCCACGCUUUCUGGACCUGGCGGCGCAACAUUUCGCAUCCUCGAUGUUAACUCUGGCCAUCUUCUACAUGAAUUGCACUUACACUCGGCGGACUCUGGCCGGCUAUUCGAGCCAGUGAACUUGGGUGUAGCAAUUGCUUUCGACGACUCAGACAAGAGUAAGGAUACAUUCGUCUUGACGAAUGGCCACACACUUCGACGUAUCAACGGAAAGUCUGGAGACAUCGUAUGGGGAUGGACUUCGCCUGAUCAGACUUCUCUGGUUGUCUAUUCAAAGGUUGUCACGACGUCCGACGCAAUCUAUUUGAUCGGCCUCGCGAAAUCGUUCGCUUCUUACACAGUUCACGUCUCCGCAAUUUCGCCAGACAAUGGGGAGCUUCUUUCCGACGCCGACGUACCAUCGAGCAUCAUAAAUGGCCCACAAGGGCUCAUUGUCGUAAGCCAUGAAGGCACCCGCGGCAAAUCUGUCCGGCUGGCUUGGCUGGAGCAAGCUCGGAUUCAUUCCGUCGCCCUUACACCUCAAUUGAAAGACAAGCCAACUAUUAAGAAGGGUUCCGCGUAUCUCCAAGUCCAUGACAUUGGUCUUCAAGAGAAGGGGCUCUUUGUAGCUACCAAAGAAGAUGGAAGUGGGCGGGUUAUCCGUUUUUCAGAGGAUGGUGCGUUGAAAGUGUUCUGGGAAUUUGCGGAUUCGGUCAAGUCGCCAAAAUACACCGAGUCGACAUAUGCCGGUGGGUUAGACAAGGAUGGGUGGCCGUACAUCGCUCGUGUUUACUGGUCCCAUGUCUUCCGGCAAGCUUCUGCACAUGUUCUAGCCCCUCACCUAGCAGAGGGCAAGGGACUCGUGACAGGGUUCACCUUCCCAUUCGAAACCCAGAAACAUGGCAUAAUCGCAAAUGUCGCUGUCGACGCCGCUAAUCCUGAGGAGUUCCGAGUUCUUUCACGAUUAGUACUGACUACAACGACCGGGGCUGUCCAGCUUUGGCAACAAGACCAGCAUCAAUGGACGCGCGAAGAGAGCUUGGCAGAUAUCAGAGUAGCCGAGAUGGUUGAGCUACCAGAACCCCAGCUUGUAGCUUCACAAGUUGGGAUAGAGGAAACAGAAUCCUUCGGUGCUCGAUUACGCCGGCAGCUAGCGGACGCUCAAGACUUCCCACAAUACGCCAUAAACUUCGCAAAGCGAUUCGCAACGGGCUCUUAUGCAUCGGCAUCUUCUUCCAUUGCCCCAGCAUCAAAUGACACAUCUCCGCUUUCCCGCGAUACCUUUGGCUUCAGAAAAAUCAUCGUAGCCGCGACAAGUCAUGGCAAGGUUUUCGGUAUCGACUCAGCCAAUGGUGAGAUCAUCUGGAGUCGAGUCUUCGGGCUAGGUUGGGCGGCCGAAGUUGGCGGACGUAUUUUCCCUCUGAAGAUCUUUACGACUCGUACCGUAAGCGACGGCGAUACACCUCAAGUGGUUAUUGUGGGCCAAAGGAAGGCUGACAAUAGCCUCGUGGACACGGUCGCGUUCCAUAUUGACGCUCUGACGGGCGAAGACGUGAGCGGGACGUCGAUUGGUCAAGACAUUUUGCAAGGUCAAGACGUGAUCGCUGGCGCCCUUGUCGAAGCAUAUCUCUUCCAAGACGGACCUACCAAAUAUGUCGUCUUGUUGGACGAGUACCUGCAGGUACACCUUUUCCCUGACACGCCAGAGAAUGCAGAUUCUUUCCACAAGGUUGCCCCUUCCAUUCAUCUACCCCUUCGAACAGGUACUGCAGGCUCACACCGACUCGGCGGACACAAAGUCUCGCCGGAAAAGGAGUUCACGGGUCGACACAUCGCUUAUCCUAUCUGGACAGCUAGUUUGCCUCCUAAUGAAGACGUCCGCUCAAUUGUCACGCGUCCACAUGAACCAGUUGCAUCUCUUGGGAAAGUCCUGGGGAAUCGAACUACGCUCUACAAGUACCUCAACCCAGGCGUUGUUGUUGUUUUGACUUCCACGUCGACGCCUAGUGGUCCUGCAACCAGUUGCGGUGUCUACGUUAUUGACGGCACGAAGGGGACGAUUUUGUAUCAUGCAAAUUUACCCGCGGCCGGUGGUGUCUGCGAUGUAAAGGCCGCUUUCACAGAGAAUUGGCUGGUGUAUCAUUAUUACGAUGAUGGCUCAGCUAAUGCGGACCAGGCGAAGAGUUAUCGAAUGGUCUCUUUGGAGUUCUAUGAAGGAUCAGGCGUCGAUGACAAGACGAGCAGCUCGGACUUGUCUGCUUACUCUAACGACACGACAAGGAUAUCUGUAUAUGAACAGAGCUAUGUAUUCCCUCGAGGCAUCUCUACGAUCACCACGACAUCCACAAAGUUUGGAAUCACCGUCAAGGAUAUCCUAGUCGCCGGUAACAAUCAUCAAGUGCAGUCAUUCCCUCGUCGCUUCCUCGAUCCUCGCAGACCGAACCGGAAACCAACCGCAGAAGAACAGGAGGAAUGGCUGAUUCAAUACGACCCUCUACUUCCAGAUGAUCCCAAACGAGUGCUGUCGCACAGAUACCAGGUCGCUCGCAUUCGCAAGAUCAUCACUUCACCUGCUCUCCUGGAGUCGACCUCGCUGGUGUUCGGUUACGGCGUCGAUCUCUUUUUCACGCGGGUCGCACCAUCCAAAACGUUCGAUGUGCUGAACGAGAACUUUAACAAGGCUCAGCUCGUCUUGACAGUAGCUGGUCUGGCUUUAGCGAUCGUCAUAACGAAGCCCAUGGUUCGAAGAAAGCGACUCAGGGAGCGGUGGUAUGCUUCAUGAGGAGCCGUUUAGAGGAUGUUGUAUUUUAUUUCAUCUAUAACUUGAGUUUCAAACGAUGAUACCAUCAUUACACUGAGC